CUCCUUAUGGAAUCCUAGUUAAGGCUAGGCUUCGCUUGCGAAAAGUCGGAUCUUGCAACUUAUGGCUUAUUUAUUCGUUACUUUUUUGCGAUAAAAGCUGGGCCAGCCCCGGGAUCCGACAUCCGCCCGACCUUCUCGGUCCUCAUUCAAUGUCGGGAUAACCUCCUCAAAGCGACGCGCUGUUAAGGUCGGGACGCCACGAUGACCGCAAUCGAGACCGGCAAGGCUGCCCUUCGCAACGAGAUGAAGAAGGUUCUCGCGGGCAUCGCCAAAGACGAGCGAAAACGCCAAUCGACGAGGAUCGUGGAAAAGUUGAUCUCUCUACCGCAGUACCAGCAGAGUCGGAGGAUCUCCCUGUACUUGAGCACGGAAGAUGAGCCCGAUACGUUGCCGCUCUUGAGGAAGAUAUUCGACGCCGGUAAAGAGGCUUUUGUUCCCAGAUACAGAGGCAAGGUCAUGGAGAUGGUUAAAUUGCACUCGAUGGAGGACUUCGAGAGCCUGCCGUUGACUAAAUGGAACAUAAAGCAACCCCACUUUCGGGAUGACAGAGAAAACGCCCUGCAAGGUGGAGGAUUGGAUCUCAUCGUCCUACCAGGGAUGGCAUUUACAAUUAAUGGUAAACGACUGGGACAUGGUAUGGGCUACUAUGACAAAUUCCUACACGAGUGUAUCUCCUCGCAGGAAAAAAAGCCCCAUUUAAUUGCUUUAGCUUUUAACGAACAAGUAAAGGAAGAGAUACCCACGACCGAAAAGGACGUCGAUCUUGACAUGGUACUCACGGAGAAGGACGUUCAAUAACGAUCUUCAUGAAUUUUUUUUUUACACUUUUAUAAGUACUAUCAAAAGCGACUGAUUGAUGUAUCGUGGGGCAUUUAAUUAGACAUUAAAAAUAAAAAGAAAGGAUUCUUACCACU